AUGCCACCUUACAACGAUAAAAAUCACACGUUUUUUCAAAAUAAGUUUUAUAAAAUUUACCGGAUAAUCAUUCUAAUUUAUUGGAUUCUUGGUUCAAUUGGUGGUCUUGUAGAAGAAUAUUUAUUUUUGUUCGAAACGUUACCCGGCACGAUGCAAACGAUGAAUUUAAUCGCUUAUUUAUCGUUCACCUUACAAAUUAUAGUACUAACUAUAUCAAUGAAUACAAUAAGUUUUGAAGAAUUUAAAAUAUUUUACAACGAUUUGGUUAAAGUCGAGAUGAAAUUGAUUUAUUUUAAUAAUAGUAAAGGAAAUAAUACAAAAACAUCUCUUCGAAUUUGGGUGGAAUUGAUCUUAACACAUUUAACGUUUAUGCCAAUCGUUGUUUUAGACUACUAUUUAUGGAUUAAGGUUUCAAAAAACGAAAAGUUCCACUUCUACAUAAUCCAUCAAAACCUUCAAAAAUAUCACACAAACGUUUCCGUUCUUUUAAUGUGCAAUUUAAUGCUUUACAUGAAAAAAUUAUUCAUUUCAGCGAAUAAAUCUCUCGAAUUCUCAAUAAAAAAUCGAAAUCGCACCAAAAUCUUCACCGUUAUAACUUACGGCCCAAAAGAUUUAAUCAAAAUCUUUUUAAUUUUAACCAAAACCAUCGAAUAUUUUAACCGAAUUUUUGGUUGGACCAUUUUAUGCAUCAACUUUAGCAUUUUAGCAAACAUUUUGUUAUCGUUGAACUUUAUGAUUCAAUUUAAUAACGAAAAAGCUAAACUUUUAACAUCAACUUACGGCUUUGAAUUUAUCGUUUUAAUGACAUCUUGGGCCGCAGCUUCAUUAAUUAUUGGAAUUUUUUUAACCAGCGUUGCAAAUUCAACUGUAAAAGAAGCAAAAAAUACAGCAAACGUUUGUUAUAAACUAUUAACUACAAUUUCGGUCCAAACAUCACAGAAACUUGAUGAAAAAGAACUCCGAAAUGAUUUAUUGUUACUCGCCGAACAAAUCGCGAUGAGAUCAUCUCAUUUUACUGCUGCUGGGUUUUUUAAUGUUGAUUAUACGAUGCUUUUUACUAUGUUAAGCACCGUUACUUCUUAUUUAGUAGUUUUAAUUCAAUUUAGCUAA